AUGGAUGCCAUUGAAUUAGGAUGUGCCGAGACCUGUAAACGCUUACAAUGUGGAAUGCUAUGGCAUUGUUAUAUACCUGUUGUAAAAUAUAGCGUUAUGUAAAAAUUUCAAAGUUUUUAUCAAAUAACGAAUUACGAAUGAGUGAACUAAAAUUUUGAGAAUUUUGUUUGCGUUAGUAUACAUUAAAACGUAUUUACAGUUACAAACAUAACCUAUUAAAUUUUAAAAUUAUUCGACAUUCUGCUAUAUAUUUGGCAAUUUCAAUAGAUGACCACUUACAUACAAUGGGCGAAUUAAAUGUGUGUUUUCAAAUAGAUACAGACAACCGUGAAAAUUUUCCAUCUGCAGCUGCUUUUCAGACAUUCAAAAAUCAAAGAGACACCUUUUAUGAAAUAUUUAGAAUAUGGGAAAAAAAUCACUCAGUGCAUGGAUGGACAUUUCAAAUAGCUUUAGGAAGUAAAAUAAGAACUAUGUUAACAUUGCAUAAUGAUGCUGUAAAUUAUUAUCAUUUUGCAAGAUUGUUUAAGUCACAACUUUUGAUUUCGUGUAUACAAAAUAGACAACAGACAGAAGUAGAAGAUGAUGAAAGUAUAAGCGUUUUAAAGACAUUGAAACACAUAAAUCCAAAGAAGUUAAAUCAACUGCAAAAGCGACUAGUAACUCCACAGCCCUCUAAAAAUCAAAUUACACAACCAUCUUUUCCUGGAGUGCAAGAAUUUUUCAAGGAUUUUAUAUUAUAUGCUUUUAAUCCAAAUUUUUACAUUCAUUUAGAAAAUUGCUUAAUCCACGAGAUAAUGGAAUUGAAUGACACUCAGUUUAAUAAUAGCGAAAUAGAAGAUUCAGAAACAACGGUCGAUGAACAAACACAACAAAAUUUUAUUAUUUGUUUAUCCAGUUUAAGACUUCUUGCAAAAGUGUUAGGUCUCGUUGUAUCGUUACCAUAUAGAUCGGAAUCUAAUAAUUUUAAAGAUUUAAUAGCAACUCAAGUGGAAAUAAGGAGUAAAGUCGUACCAGCAAUAAAUUUACAUCUUUGUCUUUAUAAUGCAAUUGCAUUAAGAAAAUUAUCAUUAACUGUACCUUGGGUAGCAAAAUAUUUAGCUAUGAUGGAUACAGUGUCUCUUCGUUUACCAUAUUAUAAACAAACUUUGGAGCUUUUGUAUUAUAUUUAUAAAGUUGUAAAUCAUUUUGACUUUUCAACAUCUGAUAGUUUUAUUUCUCAACAAACGGCGAUUUUUCUUAAAUAUACCUUAAGUUGGUUAUUCGAAUUGCCAAACAUUCCAAAAGAUUUCUAUUCUACUUGGCAAAAGAUGUAUAAAGUUAGAGAGCUGCGAAGUUUGGAGCAUCUUGAUAGAAAUUAUCUGCAAAAAAAUAUACUACUAGAACCCACUGUGUCCGUUACAUCAACUAAAUGUAGUUUGGACAAAUUGGAUAUCAUCAAUGAAAGAACAUUGCGUGUAUGUUGUCCAUUGAUUGGACUAAACGUAUCUGUAUCAAAUUGCAAUACAAAUCUAAAUAAUUACAAUGCAAAUAAACAUAUUACACCAGUUUCUAGUCAACUUUAUAAAUCUGCUAAAAGUGCAGGUAUAAAGCAUUUAGAGUUGCAAUUGGAAGAGGCAUUUUUUGGUGGACAACCUGCAUCUACUCGAAAAACCGUUGACUUCGUAUCAGAACGAGUUGCUUCAACGUGUGUAAAACACAUAUGUAAUACCUUGUUAAUGUCCUCUAGAGAAACGAAUCUCAAUAAUUUUAGGGAGAUUUUAAAGAAAAAACAAAUCGGAAAACAAUCCGAAAAAUUUAGAGAACAACGUAAUGUUACAGAUUUUAAGGCAAUUGUGAUAACUGAUAUAAACACAUUAGCUAUGAAUAUGUCUAAAGAAUUGAAAGAUCAGUGUGAAGCAUCUAUACCGGGAAUUUGUGAAUUACGGGUAACAAAAUGCAUAGAUGCUCUUUUGGCGGAAGAUUCGCUGACACCCGUAAAAGAAAUGUGUGCUAAAAUUGCUACAAGGUUAGCUAUGGAACGUAUACAUCAAUGGAUACAAUCUCACAUAGUAGGUGGAUCGUUAUUUAUAAAAGACAUGGAAGUUGAAUUAAACAGAUUUUUGAGGAACAAUACACCACUGCAUCCUAUGGAAGAAAGGAAGCAUAAUCAAAAUGCUAUGAGUCCAACAACUGUCACUGACAACUUGAGGGAACUUAUAUGGAUUAUACUUGAUAAUGGUGGUGAUUUCUUAACAGUAACAAUUGUCUCGACUUUGUUAGAUAAUUUAUAUCAGACUUUAAACGAAAGAGCUGAUUUAGUUGUGGGACUGGAAAAAGUUUUAUACUCCCUUAGUACAGAUUUUGCAUUAUUUUUAGUUGCUUAUCGAAGCGAUCUGUUUAUGUCAAAAAUUCAAGACAAAUUUAUAACAAUAUGGGCAAUGAAUCGUUGUAAAACUUUGGAAUCAGACUCGCCUAUACAUAGAAUAUUUAGUUCUAGAAACGUUAUGCUUUUAGCGCAACCGGAAAAGGAAGAAGUUUGGGUAGUGUUUGGAAAAUUUAUUAACAGAUUAAUAGAGAAAAAUGUUUUAGACAUUGAUAGUUUUAGCGAUCAGUGCGUGGCUUUAUUUAGGCAGAACUGGCCUGUGCCUAUAUUGAAGCACCUGUCAAAAUGUUUAAUGGAAGUUGUAACAGGUUUUAAAGCAUCAGAUGAAACAACAGAAAAAGUGAAAUAUCUUCUUGGUUGGAUAGCUGAAACAUAUAACGAGAUAGAGUUCUGUAGUGAUUACAAUACAAUAGACUGAUGUUCUUGUAGCUUCUUUUUGAACUGAUAUACUGUGUAAACAGUCAUACAAUUCUUGUGCAUAUGUGAAUGUAAAUUAUUGUACAUUAAUUAAUUUUACAGCGAAAGAGACAUGUAUUUAACACGUAAUUUCGAAAAUUGUAAUUACGAUAUAGUUUAGAUUCUUUGUAUCUGUGUAAUGAAUUUCAUUUCAUUCUGAUGUAUAAAGACCACCGAUUCUGAAAAGUUACGCGAUGAGAUUGAAAUUCAGUUGGUCUUAUGGUUAUAAGUAACAGCUCGAUUCUACGAACGAUUCUUAUGGUUAUAUGUAACAGCUCGAUUCUACGAACAAAGUUUCGAUCGUUGUAUUUGUACAUAGGCACGGAUUUGCAUUUUAAUUCAACAGAUGCGUAUUUUAUAGUUAACGACGAAAUUUUAACUUUUCAUAUGUACGAAAAAAUGUAAAAUAAACAAGAAUUUGUUUUUUA